CCGGCGCAGCCUCUUCUCGGGAUCCCCGACGCACUGGAACCAGGUGGUGUCGGAAGCGGAGAAGAUCGUGGGCUACCCGACCUCGUUCAUGAGCCUCCGCUGCCUCCUGAGCGACGAGCUCAGCAACAUCGCCAUGCAGGUGCGCAAGCUGGUCGGGACGCGGCAUCCGCUGCUCAACACGGCCAGUCAAAGAAGUCUGGCAGAGAUCACAGAACUUAUCCACACCGCUUUCCUUGUGCAUCGUGGGAUAGUGAAUUUAAGUGAAUUGAAUUCUUCCGAUGGUCCACUGAAAGACAUGCAGUUCGGAAAUAAAAUAGCCAUCCUGAGCGGAGACUUCCUUCUAGCAAAUGCCUGCACUGGACUAGCCCAGUUGCAGAACACUAAGGUCGUGGAACUUGUCUCAAGUGCUCUUAUUGACUUAGUGCAAGGAAUAUACUGUGAAAACUCUACUUCAGCAGAGGAAAACUGUAUCACAGAUGAUAUCGGAAUAUCGACUUGGAAGGAGCAGAUUUUCCUCUCCCAUAGUGCCUUGCUAGCAAAAAGCUGCCAAGCUGCAAUGGAAUUAGCAAAGCAUGAUACUGAGGUCCAGGAUAUGGCAUUUCAGUAUGGAAAGCACAUGUCUAUGAGUCAUAAGAUAAACUCUGACCUCCAGCCUUUUAUUAGAGGGAAGUGUGGUGGCUCCAUAGCAUUUAAUUUAAAUUCAGCUCCUGUAGUCUUACAUCAGGAGUUUCUUGGAAGAGAAAUGUGGAUUAAGCAGAUCAGAGAGGCUCAAGAAAAAGGAAGCUUAAACUAUUCAAAGUUGCAAGAAGCAAUCCUGGCUGGCAAAGGUGUGACUUCAGCUAUUGACCUAUGUCGUUACCAUGGAAACAAGGCCCUGGAAGCCCUGGAGUGCUUUCCUCCCUCUGAGGCCAGAUCUGCUUUAGAAAACAUUGUGUAUGCUGUCACCAGGUUUCCUUGACACAGAAUUUAAAAAGAGACUAUUGUUCGUUGGCUGAAAAUAACAGGGAAGAUGUGGGGAGAGGUCUCCACUGUGAACCAUCUAAAUGUGUCAGUGGUUUAAUUUUUUUUUUCAUUUACCACAUAACUGAAUGAGAUUCGCCUUCUUUUUGGAGCUGCUGCAAACAAAAUUAGGAGAAGAAGAAGAAAAAAAAAAGGUCAAACAGUUUUCACUUGGCAUGCCAGAAGCACACUUGAGGCAGCUCUAGCAGAAAUAAUUAAUGAGCUUCGCUCCUGUGACCUCAGCAAAUGGACAGGAAAUAAGUCCGUAUUGAUUGGACUGAGCUAGGGAUGGCGCCAGGGUGAUGGCCUGUGGUUUCCCUACGCUAAAAAGGACGGAGGGGGGCAGGCAGGCAGCUGCAGGUGUCGUGAGCAACCCUUUCUGAGCAGGCCAGACUAGAAGAGUGUGAAGUCAAGAAUUAAUCUACCAAUUUGUCGUUGUGAAGGGAAGUCCAGUGAAUUAGGAAGGAAUACCCUUUCUCUGUCUCUCUGCAAUUAUGUCUCCUCUCAGUUUUAUGUAUUCAAAUAUGAAAAUACUUUGUGCCUCAUGUUUUUAAUAUUUGCUUAAUGUACUGAGAAAAUGUGUCAAGUGUCGUAGGUAGGAAAUUUUUAAGGGCUAUCUGGUAUUCACUUGGUUCUUACAGAAGAAGGAAUUGCCUCUUUUCUCUCUCUAUCCUGAAGAUUAAAUUUUUAACCACCAUUUCAGGGAACCAGACUUUUUCUCCUUGAUCAAAGUCAUCUUCGCUAACAAUGAUACAUUCUUUUUUCCGUGAUUAAUAACAGAAUUGUCUUUCAAAUGAAAUGUAUAAAUUUGUAAUACUUAGGAUUGAGGAAUACUCUUUUAUUGGUACAAAUUUUCCGUGGUUUAAUCGUAGUACCAGGUAAUUUGUUGGGGGGAUUUUGUUUAACCUCACAGUGUUGAAUUUGAAAGUCUUGAACCACAGACAUCCAAUUACAGAAAGAAUAUAAGGUAUAUCACAACCCAGCAACUUGACACUGUCUCUGUUUUGUUCAUAGGAGAUGGUUUUUGUGGUUUGCAUGCAUGCAAUAUGAGAACAGCGUUGACAAGAAGGCUGAGUUUACAUAAAUGAUCUAGAUUGAGACUCAGCUACCUUUCUUCCUUAUGUAGUGUAAUUACAGCCCAAUCUGGAAACAGCUAACACAGCAAACAGAUUUCAUUAUAUCCUUCACUCAGACUCUGAGUGGAGUUAUUUCUGUUAAAUUCUUCACCCCCCCAAAAAAGUCAUAGAGCUCCUUUAUCAGGGACCAAACGGGUAGCAUACAUCUGAAUAAAAGAUAUAAAACUA